AUGGGAUCCCUACGCUUGCGACAAUUGAAGGAGAAGAUCCAACUCAAGGGCGACGAAGAAGAGCAUGAGCAGGUUGAUUCAUGGUCCAAUCGAGAUCUCAUCCCACUACCACCGUCGCGAAGAACUUGGGGCUGGUUUCACUUCUUCGGAUACUGGACGCUGAACUCGCUGAAUGUCUCGAAUUGGCAAACGCCUAACACCUUCCUGUCUUAUGGACUCUCCGUUGGUCAGAGUAUGAUGGUGAUUGUUGUUGGAAAGCUUCUGGUCACAUUCUUUUCCACACUCAUCGCUUGGUGUGGACUCAGGUGGCACAUCGGAUUCACGGUACAGAACCGCUACACUUGGGGACUCCGUGGAAGUUACAUUCCUCUGUUGCAAAGAAUUUUGCUGAACUUCAUCUGGUGUGCAAUCCAAUGUUGGAACGGAGGUCGGUUGAUAGCAGUGUGUAUCACAGCGAUAUGGCCGUCCUUUGCGAAGAUGCACAAUACGCUACCAUCAUCCAUGCCAACCACGACAUAUCAGUUCGUUGGCUUCGUCCUGUUCUGGGUUUUGUCAGUCCCUUUCCUGUUCGUCCGACCAGAGAAAUUCCGGCUACCCUUCUUGAUCACAUCAAUAUACUGUGGUCUGGGCAUGCUCAGUAUGAUGAUCUGGUCACUAUCCGUGGCCAAAGGUGUAGGACCGCUCUGGACGACUGGGCAAACUAUUCCGGAGAACUCAUCCUGGAACCUUCAUUGGCUCGAGAUGAAAGGCAUCAAUCAGAUUAUCGGCGGCAUCGCAGCUGGAAUAACUAACGGCUCUGACUUUUCGCGUUAUGCUCGAUCACCGAAGAACUACGUCCUAGGCACUGUUCUGUCCGCUUGGGUGACUGGCGUUCUUGUGAGUCUGGUAGGGCUCGUCGUGACUGCCGCUUGCCAAAAGAUAUACGGUGAGGUUUAUUGGAAUCCACCGGAUCUCCUCAUGCGCAUGAUGGACAGUGGUGAAGGCUCUUCCAAAGCAAGAGCGGGAGUUUUCUUCCUUGCAGCUGGCUUCGCCUUGACUGGCAUGUUCGAGAAUGUGUGCGGAAACGCAGUCGCAGGAGGCAUCGACCUUGCAGGACUCUUCCCACGGUAUCUCGAUAUUCGAAGAGGUGCCAUUCUGACCUUUGUCGCUGUGUGGGUUUGCCAGCCAUGGCAGCUUGUCAACAAAGCGGCUACUUUCGUCAGUGUGCUGAGCUCCUUCUCGGUCUUCCUGUCACCAAUCAUGGGUGUCAUGGUGGUUGAUUUUUACCUCUUGCGCAAAGGCAGGAUCCAGCUCAGCCAUCUGUACAGGACGAAAGACACGUCGUACUGGUUCACCAAAGGUGUGAAUUGGCGCGCCAUACCAGCCUGGAUUUGCGGGUGGGCGCCCACUAUUGGUGGACUCGUUGUUACUGUUGGAGGUUCAUCGAGCCCUCCUCGAGGCUUGGUCAAGCUGUACUACAUGGCGUUUCUGGUCGGCUUUUUCGUGAGUGGAACGGUGUUUUACCUGCUUAAUUGGAUUUUCCCGUAUCCUGGUAUGGGCGAAUACGACGAGGUGGACGUCUAUGAGACCUUCACACCUCAAGAGGCUGCCAGUCUUGGAGUGGUACAAGGUAAUGAGCCACAGAUGCUGAAUGGCAUUGAUACGGAUUCAGAGCAUGGAAAGCUGCAGCACGAGACGAUCGUUGAGAAGACUGUGUAA